AUGCAAGCUGUGGAUAACAACUGGAUUGGUAAUCAGAUCGGUCCCCCAACCAACAGCCGAUAUGAAAGACAGACUGGGAGUUUGCCCGCACCAGGUAUCCGUGGAUGGGAAUGGAUUGGUGAAUGGACCGAAGAGGGAAUCGGUAUCGAUGGCCAUGACCAUGGCCAUGGCACUGUCUGA